AAUUUCAUAUUUAUAUGCACAAGAGAGAAAAAUAAACAAAUAAAGAAAAAAUGAAAAAUAGAUAGAAGGAGAGUGAUGUGAAUCAUUGAAUGCCAUGUGCAAAAAAAAAACCCUCUCAAUCCCCAAGCCUCUCCAAAAAUUCCCCACCCAAUUCUUUUACUUUUCUAGGGUUUUGAAUUUCCCUAAAAGCUGAUCACCCCUUCUCAUUUCCCCCAAUUUCAUCUUUCCCUUUUUUUUUUGUAUAUUUUUUAAAUUUAUACUUGCACAAAAUUAAAUGUUUUUAUAAAAUAUAGUAAUAUACACACAGGAAAAGAAUCAUUUCCCUUUUUCCUGCUUUUUCAGAAGAAUAUAUAAAGAAGAUCCAAUCCAACCCAAUAAAAAAAGAAUUCUUUUUUUUUCCUCUUUGACUGGAGCCAAAAAUAGAAAAAGAAAGCUGUUCUUCUCCCAGGAUUGUAUUAUUAUUAUUAUCAUUAGGAUGGAAAAGGGAAAGUAGGGAAUUUUUGAGAGAGAAAUGUUGGCAAUGGAGAAGGAUUUUGAUUCAAAGCUUAGGAUUCAGGAAACCGAUGAUAAUAAAAAUAAUAAUUCUAAUAAUUCUUCUAAUGAUGGUGCUUCCAACAAUAUUCAGAGAUCUAAGAGCUUUGCGUUUAGAGCUCCUCAGGAAAGUUUCAGUAUCCAGGAUUUUGAAUUGGGCAAGAUCUAUGGUGUGGGUUCUUACUCAAAGGUUGUGAGGGCAAAGAAGAAGGAUACAGGAAUGGUGUAUGCUUUGAAGGUUAUGGACAAAAAGUUCAUCACCAAGGAAAAUAAAACAGCUUAUGUAAAGUUGGAACGUAUUGUGCUCGAUCAACUGGACCAUCCUGGUGUUGUGCGGCUCUAUUUUACAUUUCAAGAUACUUUUUCACUGUAUAUGGCACUUGAAUCCUGUGAAGGUGGAGAACUUUUUGACCAAAUAACACGAAAAGGUCGUUUAUCAGAGGAUGAAGCUCGCUUCUAUGCUGCCGAAGUUGUAGAUGCUCUUGAAUACAUACACAACAUGGGAUUGAUACAUAGAGAUAUUAAGCCAGAGAACUUGCUUCUUACUACAGAUGGGCAUAUUAAGAUUGCUGACUUUGGUAGUGUAAAGCCCAUGCAGGAUAGCCGAAUUACAGUCCUUCCUAAUGCAUCCUCAGAUGAUAAGGCAUGCACGUUUGUGGGGACAGCUGCAUAUGUUCCUCCUGAAGUCCUAAACUCUUCUCCGGCAACUUUUGGAAAUGACCUCUGGGCACUUGGCUGCACCUUGUACCAAAUGCUUUCAGGGACUUCUCCUUUUAAAGAUGCGAGUGAAUGGCUUAUAUUUCAAAGAAUUAUAGCCAGAGAUAUAAGAUUUCCAAAUUAUUUUUCUGAAGAAGCCAGAGACCUUAUUGAUUGCUUAUUGGAUUUAGAUCCCAGUAGACGACCAGGUGCUGGACCUGAUGGUUAUGCUGCACUCAAGAUGCAUCCUUUCUUUAGGGGAGUUGACUGGAGUAAUUUAAGAGCAGAAACCCCUCCGAAGCUUGCUUUAGAGACUGGGGCUCAAUCAAGUGACGGUGAUGAUCAUAAUGAUUCUUCAUGGAAUCCUAGGCACACUGGAGAUGGUUCAGCCGGUCAGAAUGAUGGAAAUGUUGGUGCCUCAUCAUCAGCUGAAUCAUCUGGCCAUAUAACUAGACUUGCUUCAAUUGAUUCCUUUGACUCAAAAUGGCAACAAUUUUUGGAUCCUGGAGAAUCUGUUCUUAUGAUCUCAAUGGUAAAGAAAAUACAGAAGUUAUCGAGCAAGAAGGUGCAGCUUAUCCUCACCAACAAGCCAAAAUUGAUUUAUGUUGAUCCUUCAAAAUUGGUCGUGAAAGGGAACAUUAUUUGGUCUGACAAUUCUAACGACCUCAGUGUCCAGGUCACAAGCCCAUCGCACUUCAAGAUUUGCACGCCCAAGAAGGUAUUGUCAUUCGAUGAUGCAAAGCAAAGAGCAUGGCAGUGGAAAAAGGUGAUUGAGGGCCUUCAAAACCGGUGAAGUGAUUUUAUUCAUUGUCAUGAAGCACCACAUUCUUUGGACAUUCUGAUAUUAUAGAGGAAGUUUGGAACUAUUAAACAAUUGACACCGCAAAGCAAUUAUUUAUUUCAUGAAAGCAGCUCAAGAGUUUUCAGAUUCAGCUGUCUCCUGGUGCAGGCUGCUGCUGGUUCAUAUUAAGCUUUCAUCCCCUCUUUUGUAGAAUCGGUAUGUAAUGAGGCUGUUCUUACCUGUUUCAAGCCUUAUAUGCAAUGAAUGUAUAAUCUGAAAUACCGUUUUAACAGGCAAAAAAACGAAAGGUGAAGGGGUUUUGCUGUGAAUUGCAUGUUAUUAAUGUAUUGAAAGUAGAUGUUACCAGCCAUUGAUGAAAAUUUCUUUUCAUGAAAUUCUUUUCGGCAAUGAAAGAUGAUUGCCGUUCAGAAAAAUUAAAACUCCAAAAUGCUGGUGAAAUAUUUCCAUGUAAAUCUUGUAGCAUUUGAGUUGGAUUCCUUUUUCAUUCUUCCUGUUUUUUGGCUAAUAUUACAAAACUUGAAUCGUUCAGCACUGUAUUUGCACUCAAGAAUUUGAUUGUUUAUUCCCCCAUCCCAUCGAUGUAUCUGAAAUGUGUACCUCAUGUUAGCAUAUAUUUUUUCUUUCGA